AAAAACUAAAGCACUACGAUUCGCGAGUUAUCGCAUCAAAGCGGAAUCCUUUGCUGUGAAGGGGCUUAUACCAGAAAAUCACAACAGCUCCGAACAGUUGGUCUGUGAGGCAGAAGUGGCUCUGAUGACAACGUCAUAAGUAUGAUGAGCAUGAUGGCUGUUACAUGGACAAAUUAUCUAAGAAAGCGUCUUCCACUAACAAUAAGGUCUCUUCAUACCUCGAAAGGUAAUGAAUUAUACCAAAUUUUAAUGUCUCCACCUCUUGCAUCUUUGGACCUUCCUGACAUCUGGAGUUCUAAUUCGGCAUCUCGGAUUAUUCCAGCAAUUCAUAAAAGCUUUGAUGACCAGACUACUGUAGUGCUUGAUGGAAAGUUGAUAUCCAUGGAAAUCAGAUCGAGAAUAGCUGCUAAGGUAAGAGAAAUGAAGCAAUGCCUGGGAAAAGUUCCUGGGUUAGCCGUAAUUUUAGUAGGCCAAAGAAGGGAUUCUCAAACUUAUGUUCGCAACAAGAUAAUGGCUUGUGAAGAAGUUGGAAUCAAGUCUUUGGUGACUGAAUUACCCACUGAUUGUGCAGAAAUGGAUGUUCAAAAUGUGAUCAUGAGAUAUAACAAAGAUCCAUCCAUUCAUGGUAUUCUUGUGCAACUCCCUCUACCACAACAUCUAGAUGAGGAAAAGGUUCUGGAUGCUUUAUGUCUUGAGAAAGACGUCGAUGGUUUUCAUCCCGUUAAUAUGGGGAAUCUUGCCAUAAAUGGAAGGGAGCCACUGUUUACUCCUUGUACUCCAAAGGGCUGCAUUGAGUUAUUGAUCAGAUCAGGAGUCGAUAUAAUGGGGAAGAAAGCCGUAGUGAUCGGAAGAAGUAAUAUUGUUGGUUUGCCAACGUCCUUGUUAUUGCAGAGACACCAUGCAACAGUCACUGUUAUACAUCCCUUCACAGAAAACCCUGAACAGAUCACCUCAAAAGCUGAUAUUAUAGUUUCAGCUGCUGGAGUGCCUAAUUUGGUCCGUGGUAACUGGAUUAAGCCUGGUGCAACUGUGAUUGAUGUUGGUACUACUCCUGUUGAGGAUUCUGGCUGUGACGAUGGUUAUCGUCUCGUAGGCGACGUAUGCCAUGAAGAAGCCAUAAAAGUGGCUUCUGCUAUUACUCCUGUGCCUGGCGGGGUUGGGCCUAUGACAGUUGCAAUGCUACUAUGUAACACUCUAGUUUCUGCAAAGCGCAUACUGAAUUUUAAUUGACCCUGCCUUUUUUCGAAGUGCUAUACUUCUUUCAAGGUCAUUUUCAGCAUGGAUCGAGUUUAAAAACAGGAAAUUCGUUUUACAAUUUUGUAAUGCAUAUUAUUUAGGUGAUUGUCUAGAUUCUGUUAUUGAAAAUGUAUCAAUUGAAAUAUGU